AGAAAUUGGUUCUUAAUAUUUACCCUUUCUCAUUUUGGGUCUAAAAAAGGACAAAAGGAUGUGUGAUUGGCUGGUUCUUGUUAGUUAUUAAUGUAUAAAAGGAGGGUGGUGGUGUUUAUUUCUGCAAUCACGUUCACGUCGGCUAAGGCUUGUUUGGAAGGAGCAGCAUCGUAACCUGACGCUGCUCUAAAGCAAAGAAAAUAAAAACAAGAAAAACAAAAGCUUCCGAUAAUGGGGAUUGGAGACAUGGAACUUGAAUCAAACAAGGACCAUGACGACGUUGGCGCCCCAGAUACCGCUCAUCAGAUUAGCAGCGAUUCAUGGUUGCAAGUGGCUUUUGUCCUCACGACCGGAAUCAACAGUGCCUAUGUGCUUGGAUAUUCCGGGACCGUCAUGGUUCCCUUGGGUUGGAUUGGGGGUGUGGUUGGUCUAGUGGUUGCUACCAUGAUAUCACUUUAUGCAAAUGCUCUAAUUGCUUAUCUCCAUGAAUAUGGAGGGCAAAGGCAUAUUAGGUAUAGAGAUCUUGCUGGAUUUAUAUACGGGAAAAAAGUCUACUCUCUCACAUGGGCUCUGCAGUAUAUCAAUCUUUUCAUGAUAAAUACUGGCUUCAUCAUCUUGGCCGGUUCAGCCUUGAAAGCUGCGUAUGUUCUAUUUAGGGAUGAUGGUAUGUUGAAACUUCCAUAUUGUAUCAUCAUAGCUGGAAUUAUGUGUGCAAUUUUUGCCAUAUCCAUUCCUCAUCUCUCAGCUCUUGGAAUUUGGCUAGCAAUUUCGACAGUCUUCAGCCUAGUAUAUAUUAUUGUUGCAUUUGCACUAUCGGUUAAAGACGGAUUACAACUACCACCUCGAGAUUACAACAUUCCAGGAGAGGGUAUGGGCAAAGUAUUUACAACAAUUGGGGCAUCUGCGAACCUCGUGUUUGCAUAUAAUACUGGCAUGCUUCCUGAGAUACAGGCAACGAUUAGGCAGCCAGUUGUGAAGAACAUGAUGAAGGCCCUGUACUUUCAGUUUACUGUUGGAGUUCUACCAAUGUACCUUGUUACCUUUACAGGAUACUGGGCUUAUGGAUCUUCCACAGAAGUGUAUUUGUUGAAUAGUGUGCAUGGUCCAGUAUGGGUGAAGGCCUUGGCCAAUAUCUCAGCUUUUCUUCAAUCGGUCAUUUCAUUGCAUAUUUUCGCAAGUCCAAUGUACGAGUAUUUGGAUACUAGAUUUGGGGUCAAAGGAAGCGCAUUGAAUGUUAAAAACUUGUCAUCUAGAAUCGGGCUAAGAGGUGGCUACCUGACCAUCAACACAUUUGUGGCGGCUUUCCUGCCAUUCCUUGGAGAUUUCAUGAGCCUCACGGGAGCGAUUAGCACAUUUCCCCUAACAUUUAUUCUUGCAAACCAUAUGUACCUUGUGGCAAAGAAAGAGAAACUAUCAGGCUCACAAAAGUGUUGGCACUGGCUCAACAUUUGUUUCUUUUCCCUUCUGUCUCUUGCAGCAACAAUUUCAGCCAUACGACUCAUUGCAGUGGACUCCAAAGAAUACCAUCUUUUUGCUGAUUUAUGACAAAAUUCGUUGUAUUUUUUCAGCAAUUGUAGUGCCAGAGAUUUUAGUGUUUCAGAUGCCAUCAUUUUUAUAAUAAAAAAUUAGCUAUGAUUUCCUUGCACAAGAUUC